AUGAGAUUAGCCCGACCCAGAGUCCUGCGGAGCUCCAACUGCUCCAGAUGCAUGGAAAGGAGGGGAGGGGAGGGCUCAGCCGUGCGGUGCGGAUCUCAGGGUACAAUUCUAAGGUCAGAGAAGGGCUCUAUGUUUCCUGGCCGUGGAGAAGAAAUCCCCCCGCUGCUCUCAGCCGCAGAAGUUAAUUGGGGGCAACUUAAAGCGAGGCCAAAUGUCUGCCCUGUGUUGGAGCUGGUGCUGGUGGGACACCAACAACCAUGUGUUCAGGCCUUCAGCCGCAUGGUGAAGAUGUGGAAACAAGGCUGCACAGGGAGGAGAUGGUGCAUGGGAUAUGAGAGGAGGUCUGGUUACUACACUGUGUAUAAGCAGGUGUACAGAAUGGAGCACCAGACUGUCUAUAAGUGCUGCCCUGGGUGGGCUCAACAGAACAGCGAGCUUGGCUGCUUGCACAUGCUCUGUGCUGCUGACACUUGCUUCAAUGGAGGGAAGUGUUCUGAAGAAGGACCUCACAUGUGCCAGUGUCCUGCAGGAUUUCAGGGUCCUCGCUGCCAGUAUGAUGUAAAUGAGUGCAGCACUGAGAACGGAGGCUGUCAGGACCAGUGCUGUAACACCAUCGGCAGCUACCACUGCAAAUGUCCAGCUGGCCAGAAACUGGGGGAAGAUGGAAAAUCGUGCGGAGAUAUAGAUGAGUGUGCAGAGGUGAAUGGAGGCUGCCAGCAGGGCUGCAUCAACACCCACAGCUCUUUCCACUGCCACUGUUGGGCAGGAUACAGGCUGCACUCUGAUGGACGCACAUGCUUGAUGAUAGACCCCUGCACAAGUGGGAAUGGAGGAUGCUCACAAAUCUGUCAAAAUGAGAGAGGAACUGCCAAAUGUGACUGUCACCCAGGGCAUUAUCUUUCUACAGAUGAGAAGUCCUGCUUAGACAUUGAUGAGUGUGCAGAAGGGAAAGCCAGGUGUGCUCAUCACUGUGUGAACAUGCUGGGAUCCUUCACCUGUGCCUGUAAUCCCGGCUUCGAGCUGGGGGCUGAUGGGAAGCAGUGCUACCGCAUUGAAAUGGAGAUAGUGGACAGCUGCCAGCAGGACAACGGUGGGUGCUCCCAUCGCUGCGAGCACACAGCAACAGGACCACGCUGCUCCUGCCACGAUGGCUACGUGCUUAGCUCAGAUGGCAAGGCAUGCACAGACCUGGAUGAGUGCGAGACCGGCGAGUCGUGCUGCUCCCAGUUCUGCAUCAACUACGUGGGCAGCUACGAGUGCACCUGUAGAGCAGGCUUCCAGCCCGGUGCCGAUGGCUGCAGCUGCGACGAUGUGGAUGAAUGUCGUCUUGAGAAUGGCAACUGUGACCAUAUCUGCAUUAAUUCCCUGGGGUCAUACGAAUGCGCCUGCAAGGAGAGGUACCGGCUGGGUGCUGACCGGCGCUCCUGCAUUGUGUUAGGAGGGGACUCAGCGGUGUCGGGCUUCGCAGGGGCUCCGGGGCUGCAGUUCAGAGGUGCCCCCCAGCUCCUGCACUACGUGCUUGGGGCCCCACGUGAGGAUGAGGAGCAGCGAGGAGAGCUGACACUGAUACACAGAGCCGUUUGCCUUGAUAACACUUUUGGCAAUGACUGCAGCUUGAGCUGUGAGGAUUGUAUGAAUGGAGGCAGAUGUAACAGCGAGAACAGUGGCUGUGUUUGCUCACCUGGGUGGACCGGCAUCAUCUGCAACCAAACCUGCGCCCAGGGGACAUACGGUGAUGGUUGUGCCAGUAUCUGCAUGUGCCAGAAUGGAGGCUCCUGUGACCCCAUCACAGGACUGUGUCACUGCCCACCAGGAGUCCAGGGGCCAUUUUGUGAAGACGGUUGUCCCAGGGGAUUUUUUGGGAAGAACUGCAACAAACCAUGCAACUGUGCCAACAGCGGCCACUGCCACCGGCUAUAUGGAGCCUGCCUGUGUGACCCUGGGCUGUAUGGACGCUUCUGCCACCUCACCUGUCCCAGGUGGGCUUUCGGUGUGGGCUGCUCACAGGAGUGUCAGUGUGUGAAGGAGCACACACUGGGAUGCAGCGCUCGGAACGGGACCUGCAGCUGCAAGCCUGGAUAUCACGGCAAGAAGUGCCAGAAAGCAUGCACACCUGGCUUUUAUGGGGCUGGUUGCAAACUGAGGUGCAACUGUUCCACCGACGUUUUGUGUGACCACGAGACGGGAGCCUGCAAGCGUCCGUGCCCGCCUGGUUUCCAUGGAGAAAAGUGCCAUUCCUCUUGCCAGCCUGGGAGUUUUGGGGUGGACUGCAGGCAGAGCUGCAGCUGCGGGGGAGCACCGUGUGACCCAGAGACUGGGCGUUGUAUCUGCCCAGCUGGGAAAACUGGUGCCAUGUGUGAGAGAGCCUGCCCUGUUGGAUACUACGGACAAAACUGCCAGCUGCCAUGCAGCUGCAGCAGUGAUGCUCUGUGUCACCACAUCACUGGGGAGUGCACGUGUCCCCCCGGCUGGACUGGCCACGACUGCAAGCACCCCUGCAAUAGCGGCCGUUGGGGACAGCACUGUGAAAACUCCUGUGCCUGCAAUAACAGCGAUGGGAGCUGCGAUCCUGUCACUGGGUCCUGCUUCUGUGAGCCAGGAUUCACUGGGAAACACUGCGAGCAGAGAUGUCCUGAGGGAAGCUUUGGUCCCAGCUGCAUGCACAGCUGCCAGUGCCAGAACGGGGCUGCAUGUGACCAUGUGAGCGGAGCCUGCACGUGCAGUGCUGGAUGGACCGGGACCUUCUGCAGGAAAGCUUGUCCAGAAGGAUUUUUUGGGCUUGACUGCCACCAGGUGUGCAACUGCAAGAACGCUGAGGGCUGUGACCAUGUCCUGGGGACGUGCCGCUGCCUCCCAGGCUGGAGGGGAGAGACCUGCGAGCAGCCGUGCCAGGGGGACAGGUUUGGGCAGGGCUGUGCUCACACCUGCAACUGUCACAACGGAGCACUCUGCGACCACAUAACGGGGACAUGUGCCUGCACCCCAGGCUGGGGAGGAGCCACCUGCCAAGAAGCCUGUCCCCCAGGCUGGCAUGGUGCUGGCUGCCUGCAGCGCUGCAUCUGCCCUGGCCAGACUGCAUGUGACCCCAUGACGGGCAAGUGCCAGUGUCCCAAGGGCGGAACAGGGACAUCCUGUGAGCUUGCAUGUCCCCCAGGAUUUUUUGGAGAGAGAUGUGAAGAGCAAUGUGACUGCAUUCACAGCGUGUCCUGCCACCCCCAAACGGGGGCUUGUCGCUGUGCCAAGGGGUGGCGAGGCAGGCACUGUGACAAACCCUGCUUGCCUGGCCACUACGGCAUGGGUUGUGCCCGGCGGUGCCACUGCCCUGCAGGCACCCCCUGCCACCACCUGACGGGUGAGUGCAGCUGUCCUCCAGGAUUCACUGGCCAUGGCUGCGAGAAAACUUGUCCACCAAACACGUAUGGCCAGAGUUGCAGCCAAGCCUGUCGCUGCCGUGCUGAGGAGGACUGUCACCCCAUCACUGGGCGGUGCGUGUGUCGCCCGGGGUACCACGGGGCCCAGUGUGACCGCCGGUGUCCAGAAGGUACUUACGGUUCAAACUGCCAAAAAUCCUGUAAAUGCAUGAAUGGAGGCCAUUGCGACCCAGUGUCGGGAACUUGUGAUUGCGCGCCUGGUUUCAUUGGAGCCGACUGUAGUAAAACUUGCCCAGAAAAUCGAUACGGGAAGGACUGCGCCCUGUUCUGUGCAUGCGGUAAAGGUCAUUGUGACCCACGGACUGGCAGCUGUACCUGUCCUCCUGGCCAAAUGGGACCUGGCUGUCAGCAAGUGUGUCCCCAGGGACGGUUCGGCCCCAGCUGCCGCCUGACAUGCAGCUGUCAGAACGGUGCUAUCUGUGACCACGUGGAUGGCAGCUGCACUUGUGGACUUGGCUGGACAGGAAAAUCGUGUGAGAAAGAAUGUCUCCCUGGCAAGUACGGCCCCAACUGCAGCUUGGACUGCUCAUGCCAGCACAACGGCACCUGCGACAGGUUCACGGGCUGCUGCCUCUGCCCCGCGGGGUUCUACGGGCGCUCCUGUGAGCACGGGUGCCCCCCCGGGUUUUAUGGGCUGAGCUGCCUUCAUGCAUGUGCCUGUAAAAACGGAGCGAGCUGCGAUGCCGUGAUGGGACAGUGCAUUUGUCCCUCGGGGUACCAUGGUAUCCACUGUGAGAAAGGCUGUGCCAGUGGGCGCUUCGGUGAGCGGUGCCAGCGCCAGUGCGACUGUGGAGGAGCUCCCUGCGACCCGGCCACUGGGAAAUGCCUCUGCCCACCUGGAAAGACUGGGGACAAGUGUGACAUUGGCUGCCGGUCUGACCAGUACGGCCCCGACUGCUCUCUGCGAUGCCAGUGUGCCAGCAAGUCCCAGUGCAACCCAUACAAUGGGAAAUGUGUCUGUCCAGCCACGUGGAUGGGGCCAACCUGCAAGGAAGGUGGCCCUCCAAAGCUUCCUUUUUAUGAAGAACAAACUCAAGAAAGAGGGAAUAUUUUUCCGAGAGCUCUACAACAGUAACAUUUGGACUAAUAAAUGAACUCUUUUAUAUGCACAGACGGUAUUUGAAUUUGGAUAUGAAAACAGGUAUUCAAUUCAGCUUGAAUUGUACUGAAGUAUUCACACUUCUCAUGGAAGACUACAGAGGCCAUUUAGUAGCUGGUUCCUUUUAAAAAGUUGAAUCUGUUUCAUGUAUUUAUUCCUAGCCUGUUGCCUCUCCAUUAGUCUACUUGGGACAUUCUUUCUGAUAUGUAGUAUAAUUUGUUGCUUGAAAGCUUGGACACGUGGGUUUUUCGUUUUCUUUUUGCUUUUUGUAAAGCCAGCUCCAAAAAGGAUCAGUAACAUACCAAUUUAGAGUGAGCCAGGCCAUUUUAAAUGACCAUUUAACAGAUUAUGAAGCCAAUGCAGGUUCACUGCAAAAUCAUGUUGCUCAGAAACCAGUGGGAUUCACCAAAGUCGUUCAUCUGUGAAAACAUUGUAUGUUCUAGAAAAACAUCCAGUCUUAAAAUUACAGCUGAUGAAGAAUCUGCCACAAUCUUUGAUAAGUUAUUCAUUCAUUUGAGAAUCUAUACCACAUUUCAAGUGAAGAUUGGCUGACUGGAUGGUCUCCAUCCAUAUUUUGCUUGCAUCUGAGGCUCCUUUCUAAAGAACACGAUGUUAACUGUCAGGCUCCUCUGGUUUUCUGUGUUCUCUCGUCCCAUCAGUGGAGUUUCUCAGCAGUUUGUUAAGUCAAACUGUACAGCAGUUCUUGCAAAACUUUCUUACAAUGGAGGAAGCUUUAUCUUGGAUGGAGAAAUCAGAUAGUGAGGAUAGAUGUAUAACAAUAAUCUGUGUUCUCUUUAUGUAAGGGAUUAUAAUGUGCUCUUACCACACAAUAAUUUAAUGAUCAGCUUUAAUAAGUCCUGAUACCAUUCAACAGCUGCUGUUGGUCACCUAGAACAAGGACAUUUUGGUGCUAUUUUUGUCUGUUUAGACAGGCUGUUCUUUAAUAUAGGACCAAGUCAUUAUUAACAAAUAAUGUUCUUUAUUUUAGUAUUCUGAAUUAACAAGGCUAAAAGAUUUCAGAGUAACUCUUUGUGCUUCUCUUUAGGUUAAGAGUUACAAUACAUGAUCUUGAGUCUUACUAAAUCAGGGCUGCCCUUUGUCAAAGGCACCAGGACCAUGGGCUGUGUUGACCAGGUAUCACAAGCUCUUCCAGGUUUUGUGGUUCAUACUAGCAUUACCAUUCACACACCACAACGAAUCACAACUCUGCAAGGGAUUUUUGUCAUAGAAGAGCGAAAGUGACAAUAAUUAAUAUUCACUUGUGAUUUUUAAUAAUGUUUAUGGUUGCAAUUGGAUAAUGAGUAUGUGAAGCAACAGUUACCUCUUGGUUAUCCUCAAGUCUUAAACCAAUCUGUCUGGUUCGAAGCAAGUAAUGCUUGCUCACCUGGAACUGCAAUUCAAGCUGUGAUCUUUUGGAAGCAAUAAAGGUUUACUAGGUGUUUUUUCAAGCCUCGUGGAAGUCUUAUUGUUGUUAUUCAAAACUUCAUGGGUAUUGGAAGCCAUCCUAAACUCAGUAGAGAUAUUUGUGACUGCAACCAGAUUAACCAACCAACUGUGCUUUCAGCCAGAAAAUGUCAGGAGCUGAUUCUGAUCUCUUGUCCUUUUUUAUGAUCGCUCUGUAAAUUGCAAAAAACUUUGUUUGAUGAAAAUGUGAUAAAUCUGUUGUUCCCAAACUAGUCUGAAGUGAGUUGUUCUCAGCAGGAUUUUUUCUGUAAGCCAUGGUAGUUAAAAUGUUCUUUUGGAGAUGUGCUGGCCUAGGUCUGAUCUCCAACUGUGAAGCUGGGGCAAUUUCACUGAAUUGGAACUGUUUAGGUAAAUCUUGUGCAAGACAGUUUGAUAUCAUCAUAAUAAAUGAUGGAGGAAAAAACCAUCCAGGUCCGGCAACAGACAUCUUUUGAUUUCAACUAUAGAUUUACAACAGAGACAAACUAUAAUAGUAGUGUAAGCACUGACUUAUAUUCAAGAAUUUCAUAUUAAAGAAUGAGAUUGGAUGAGAUCUGGAGGUCUGGGUUUCUCUUCUGGUCACCACCAAAGUUAAAUGAGAUUGCUCAGAGAUUCAUCCAGUUGUUUCCAAUAUCUCCAGGGAUGGAGAGCCCACAGCCUCUUUGGGACCAUGCCCUAAUGAAAUUUUCAUACCCAUGAUUUAUUUCUCCUAGUUUCUAACCAGAAUUUCCCACAUUUCAACUUCUGUCCACUGCUUCUUGUCCUUACAAAGUGCACCUCUGAGAAAAGCUUGGCUUCAUCUUGUCUGCAGCCCCUCUGGGGUGGUUGAAAACAGCAGCAGACCUUCCCAUGGUCUUCUCUUCUGAAGACUGAAGACACCUGGCUCCCUCAGCUCACCUUGCACGAUGUGUGCCCCAGUUUCUUCUCACCUUACUGGCCUUCCAUUGGCCUUGUUCCAGGUUAUUGAACAUAGUAGUAUUCGGAAAGAUGCUCAAUGUCUGAUAUGGUUACUCAGCAGCUAAUGCAUAAAACCCGAGAGCUUGCAUUUUACUGUUUGACAGCAGUUUAUAAAACACUGCCUUUUCUUAUCUGCAUAUCUAAGUAUACUUAUAUGUGAUUGGAGCAGCUAAUCAUAGAGGGAAGUUUUCUCAAGCCAUAUUCUUUACACCUGUGUACCUUGUUUACAUUUUCCACAGUAACUUGAUAUUAGAAUUGUAAAUAUGUACUAUAAAGGAAAUAAAAGAUUUUGUAUCGAG